UCAUGUCUACAGACAGGGAGGUGCCCAAACUGACACAACUCCCUUUUAGACAUGAAGAAAGGGCCUUUCUGCGCAGCAACCAUCUCACGUAGUAUACAUAGUCUGAAUCAUCAAGGACACACGAUAUUCCUAUUUUGGCAGCGUGUUCCCCCGGUGAGUGAGAAGGGAAGGUGGGAGGAUAUAACUCCCAUCCUUGUGAGCUUGACCCAUUCAAAACAAGAGAUUGUGAAAGGUCUGACCACACAGGCGCACAAACAGACAGUGCAGUAUGAUGUCGGUGGAUGUCUUCUGCUGUGGAACGCUGAUGCUCUGCGCGGCCCUGCAGGUCUCACAUGGACAGCAACAGAUCCCGGUCCACGACACCACAACAACAGUCAAAGGAGACCACCAGACAACAAGCUCCACGCACACUGGAGACGUCCCGCACAAUGCACCAUGCUUUGUGGAUGAUAUAUUCGUUGCACUGCGUGAAGCUGUGGGGAAUGAUGGUGAACUCACAAACAGCAGUUUGGCUAAUUUUGGACUCUGCACGGUUUCUGAUUCAUCCAGCUCAGUUUUGUUGGAGCUUUCGAGGGAAACAAACAGAAACAGGCCAGAGGUUUUGCAUCCAGUUGGAGUGCACUUAGCAGAGGAUGAUGAGAGAGGAACGCUCACAUUAACCUUUGACCUCCCACAGUCUGCUUUCCUCAAGCUUAACCCUGUGCUGCUUUUGGCGUUUGAAAGUCCUCUCACAGGAGAAAACCUCGAUGUCACUUUCACUAGUCAGUCACUGCAACCUAACACGCAGUCUGUGUGUAUUUCAGGAGAAACGCGGUACAUAAUGCUGACAGGAAAAGCAUCAGAGAGCAAUGUUCACCAGAAAUGGAGGAUUUCUGUUGUCACAAAAUCCCCUGACAUGAAGCAAAGUCUAAAAGACGUUCUGAUUGGUGCAAAAUCAGGAAGUAACAUCAGCGUGACUCCACUUCUGCUUUUGUCAGGCGAAAGAGGAACAGAUACAAGACAUGUGUCAGGUUCAUCCCCCGCCUCUUCACAGACCUCCUCCUUCCUCUGUGAGCUGAAGCGGUUCUUGGGUGAUAUCCUACCCGAGGACCACCCUGUGUCCCCUCCGCUCCAGCUUGACUCCUUACAGUCCCUCCCUCCCCUGACACUGGGUUUAUCCUCCAGCGAGACCCUACUGGCGGGGCUGAUCAACUCCUCGGCCCUCACCAUCUUCUCCUUCAGUAGCUGGAGCAGGUUUCAGGUUCAUCAUGGAGAGUUGGCGCUGUCUCCUGCACUGCUGGAGGAGCUCGGGCAGAGGUUAGAGCAGACUGUGGUGCAGAUAAUGGAGGUGAUAAGAGAGGAGGAGAUGGGCCACAGAGCCACAGAGAGACUGGGGAGGCUCAGAGAACUCAGUGUGUUUCCAAAGAAAGAACCACCAGCAGGCGAGAGUCAGUACCGUGCAUUUCUUCUGCUGAAAGCCCUUCAGACGGUGGCCCGUAUGUAUGACGUGCAGAGAGGACUGCGGGCUACCAGAGCUGACCCCAACAACCCAGCGAGGGGCAACAUAUGUGGGCUGAAGAGCCUCACUGUCUCCCUUGAAAAGCACCUUGUGGGUCCAAACACAGCCAACAUCAACAACUGCCAAGGCUCUUGUGCUUUCCCCCUGGUCAAUCCCAAGAACCACGGCGUCCUGCUCAACUCCCACAUCGAGAGCGGGAACACGGACGAGCGGGCGCCGUGCUGUGUGCCUGUGUCCUACGAUGCCCUGGAGGUGGUGGACUUGGAUGAACACGGCAUGACUUACGUCUCCAUUAAAACAGAUGUGGUGGCUAAGGAGUGCGGAUGCUGCUAAAGCUGUUGUUCUCUAU